CUGCCUUCAGGGGCUGUCUGAACCUGUGGGAGGCGGGGUGAGGUGAGGGGGAGGGGUCGUUGAACGAGAAGAACAGGAGGGGAGACUGCUCGAUAUAGUGGUGAAUGCUUGCAAGGAUGACGAUGCCGCAUGUAGGGGCAGUAUUUGCAACAAUAGCAGGACUGAUGGCAAUCCUGUUACACUCCUCCAUUCACAAGAUAGAGGAAGGACACCUUGCUGUGUACUACAGGGGUGGGGCUUUGCUGACAAUUCCCAACGGCCCUGGAUAUCAUAUUAUGCUGCCUUUUAUUACCACCUACAGAUCAGUGCAGACUACUCUCCAAACUGAUGAGAUCAAGAAUGUGCCUUGUGGAACAAGUGGUGGUGUGAUGAUCUAUUUUGACAGAAUAGAGGUUGUCAACAUGCUGGUCCCCUCAGCAGUUGUGGAUAUCGUGAGGAACUACACUGCUGAUUAUGACAAAACUCUAAUUUUCAACAAGAUUCACCACGAACUGAACCAGUUCUGCAGUGUGCACACACUACAGGAGGUCUACAUCGAGUUGUUUGACAUCAUAGAUGAGAACCUGAAGACUGCCCUGCAGAAAGACCUUAAUUCUAUGGCCCCGGGACUCACAAUACAGGCAGUCCGUGUUACCAAGCCAAAGAUCCCCGAGUCUAUAAGGAGGAACUUUGAACUCAUGGAAGCAGAGAAGACUCGUCUGUUAAUCACGGCUCAGACUCAGAAGGUGGUGGAAAAGGAAGCAGAGACUGAGAGGAAGAAGGCCAUUAUUGAGGCUCAGAAAGUGGCCCAGGUAGCAGAGAUCCAGUUCCAACAGAAAGUGAUGGAGAAAGAGACGGAGAAGAAGAUCUCUGAAAUAGAGGAUGCUGCCUUCCUGGCGAGGGAGAGGGCAAAGGCUGAUGCAGAAUUUUACACUGCUGCCAAGUCUGCCGAAGCAAACCGGUUGAAGUUAACCCCGCAGUACCUGCAGCUGAUGAAGUACCAGGCCGUAGCAGCUAACAGUAAGAUCUACUUCGGCCAGGACAUCCCCACCAUGUUCAUGGAGGGAACAAACAGCCCUCCAAAGUCUGAGCGCUCCCCUCAUAAGUCCAAAGCCGAACCAGACUUGAUUAGAGAGAAGCAAGACGGGCAGUGACUCGGCCUCCGCGCAGGACAGGACAACCUGUUGAGGACUUGUCUUGUUUGUGAGGUAGAGAGCACUGAGCUUCAGAUGAAGGGUGGGAUAGCUUUGCAGCUGGUUUGGUGAACAACACACUUCAGUCUUAAAUCUAAGCAGCAAAGAGAGAAAAUGUAAGGAUUUAAGGCGAAGGACAAGUGGAAGCGAGAGGUAGGAAGGACAAGAUAAAAGGGAACGUUUUUUUUUGUUUGUUUUUUUUUCACCUUCCACUCUUUUUGGAAAAAGACAUUUUUUUAGGAAUGAGAAAGAUGCCAUAGUUUAAAAUCUAAAGCAUAUUAAAUGCUUAUGCCUGCAAGGCGACAGCAAGUAGUCGCCCUAAUCUACAUGUGCUUGCAAUCAGUGCAGUGUUUAUCUUUGCUUUUGGAUCUGCAUUAAUUUCUGUUAGUUGUAUGCAAGAGGAGUGAUUCGUGCUGAAAAUGAUUUUGACUCUGAUCAUUAAUUUCUGGUUUAGCCGAACUGGAAUCCGACAGGUGACACUAAUUAUACGCAGAACGAUUUGUACAAGUGCCAUUUUUCUCUCACACUGAAUCACUAGUCGGCUCUUCUCUUUGAACACAAGUCAGUGAGAGGAUUGUUUAAUCAAACGUUGCUGGUGUAUGAACUUAUUAUUAUUAUUAAAUGUGGUGAUUGUAAGAGAUUCAUUCACUACAUGGAGCCCACCUAUAUGAAAUCAUACAGGUAUGAAAAGUGAGCUGUGAAAUAUUUUUGAGAAUCACAGCUUUUUAGAAACAAAUGGCCUGAUUUAGUUAAACUUCCACCUGCAUAAAGAGAGAUACAGUAUGUUUCUAUAGGCACUCAAGUCUUGAGGUUGAAUGGUUGUCUCAGUUUCUAUAUUUAAUAUACAGUUGUGUCAGAUUGGUAGUAAUGUGGUUUAUUUUCUGUUAGACUGGUGAUAGUUUGGUGUUAAUUAGUUGUGGGUGAAAGGGCAGCCACUACGGACAGACAUGAGAUGCUGCACCAACACUUGCUGUGGCGUUAACUGUGAAACCACCUGAGAGGAAAGAAAAAAAACGUUCUGGUGCUGCUAAAAGAAAAUCUGCCUUUCUAACUUUAAAUUCAAGUUGACUUAGUAAAAUGGGAAGAGUAACGAUAAAACAGCUCAGUAUCAGUGGGGCUUUCCACUGGAGGAAGUUGUGAUUUGUACUCCUCAUCAAGAAGUCAUCCAUCUUGUUUUGAUUAUCAGGGCCGUGCAUGAGGAAAUUUAUAGUGGCUUGAUUGAGAUGAUUAGUAGUGCCUGUAACUAUCUGCCAACUCUUUUGUUUUAGAGCUUAUUGAGACGUGGUUAAAUGUUAAUUCUCAGGAAAUUGAUUUUUUUUAUUUUGUGUAAUCAUUCCCCAUGUUCACACUGGCCAUUAAGAGAUCCCCAGGACAGCUGCUCGUUGUUAGACAGAGCUUAUUGUGCAAGCAAAUGUUUGAACUUUGGCAUAUAUUCUGUAUAUUGAAGUCUAUUAAUUGAAUCUGGUAAUACUCAAGUAGAUAAAGUGAAGUCGUGAAACAAGAAAGGAACUAUUUGAUUUGAGGAUAUGCAAAGUUAAUUCAAAAAAUUAAAGUCUGCUGAUGCAAAAAAUUGAAAAACACAUUCAACUAAGGUGACAUUUUUAUUGCUGCAUCACCAUUUUAUUGCACCAUUUAUUUACAGUAGAUGUCUGACAUUGAAGAUUACGCGGACAGGGCUCUCACAAAGGAAAUAAUACAAACAAAAGCUCUGUUCUACUGUAAAUGUUUACAUUUUCUGCACUUCAAGAAUUGAAGGACUGUGAAGUAUUUCAGUCUUUGCUAAACAAGAUCACUUGAAGGAUUUAGAUUUCAACACACAACUCCUAAUAAAAAUAGUAUCUCACACUUCAUGAGUUUGUUUAACUUCCAAUUAGUUUUGUGUGACGACAUGAGUUCCAGUAGUGCACAAAAACAAGCUUUCUUCCUUUUUUUAUUUUAAAGAUGAAUGUCGUUAAUGCUCGAGCUAAAACAACAUGCAAGUUGGUGCUAGUUUUAUUGUGUGUGAAGCUUUUUUGAUUUUGUUUAGCUUUGUUUUUCAAAAACAAGGAAAUACUUCCAAUAUUCAGAUUCAAGCCUUAAAUAACGAAGGGAUACCCGAGGUUUAAAGUGAUUCUUAUUAACUACACGGCUCCAUGUGAACUUGGCAUGUGAUAUGUCUGAAGAGCGUGCACAGAAACACUGCACAGCCUCACAAUAGACUCCAGGUGAGAAAGACACAACUAGCAGCGGACACUACUCGUGUUUGGAAGGCGUCCUGAUGUUUACUUGACCUCUGAAUGGCAGUUUAAAGGCUGCACUCUUCAUUUACUUUGGUGAUGGGUUCAAAUAAAGAUGCAAAAGAAGUGUAUGAAUCACUCAUGAAAAUCUUUUUUUUGUCAAUAUUUUGUACAAUCUGUGAAAUUUAAACAUUGUCUUCUUGUUUUAAAAGGUUUAUAUGCAAAAUGUUUUCAAGUUUUGACAAUGUUCUUAUGUAAAAUAAAACCUAUUUUGGUACCUCUC